CCCGCCUAGCAUCCUUCCCCCAAUCCCCUCAGGCUCGGCUGCGCCGGGGGCCGCGGGCCGGUUCCUGAGGUGGCCCAGGGGCCCUCCCGCCGCCGGCGCCGCCCGGGCCGUCCCUCCCCGCCGCCCCCCGCCCUCCGCCUCCGCCUCCCCCCGCCCUCCGCCUCUCUUCCCCCUCCCCGCCCAGCAGCGGUCGCUCGGGCCCCGGCUCUCGGUUAUAAGAUGGCGGCGCUGAGCGGCGGCGGCGGCGGUGGCGCGGAGCAGGGCCAGGCUCUGUUCAACGGGGACAUGGAGCCCGAAGCCGGCGCCGCGGCCUCUUCGGCUGCGGACCCUGCCAUUCCCGAGGAGGUGUGGAAUAUCAAACAAAUGAUUAAGUUGACACAGGAACAUAUAGAGGCCCUAUUGGAUAAAUUUGGUGGGGAGCAUAAUCCACCAUCAAUAUAUCUAGAGGCCUAUGAAGAAUACACCAGCAAGCUAGAUGCCCUCCAACAGAGAGAACAACAGUUAUUGGAAUCCCUGGGGAAUGGAACUGAUUUUUCUGUUUCUAGCUCUGCAUCAACGGACACCGUUACAUCUUCCUCCUCUUCUAGCCUUUCAGUGCUACCUUCAUCUCUUUCAGUUUUUCAAAACCCCACAGAUGUAUCACGGAGCAAUCCCAAGUCACCACAGAAACCUAUCGUUAGAGUCUUCCUGCCUAAUAAACAGAGGACAGUGGUACCUGCAAGAUGUGGAGUUACAGUCCGGGACAGUCUAAAGAAAGCUCUGAUGAUGAGAGGUCUAAUCCCUGAGUGCUGUGCUGUUUACAGAAUUCAGGAUGGAGAGAAGAAACCAAUUGGCUGGGACACUGAUAUCUCCUGGCUCACCGGAGAGGAAUUGCAUGUAGAAGUGUUGGAAAAUGUUCCACUUACAACUCACAACUUUGUACGGAAAACGUUUUUCACCUUAGCAUUUUGUGACUUUUGUCGAAAGCUGCUUUUCCAAGGUUUUCGCUGUCAAACGUGUGGUUAUAAAUUUCACCAGCGUUGUAGUACAGAGGUUCCACUGAUGUGUGUUAAUUAUGACCAACUUGAUUUGCUGUUUGUCUCCAAGUUCUUUGAACACCACCCAAUACCACAGGAGGAGGCCUCCAUAGCAGAGACUGCCCUAACGUCUGGAUCGUCCCCUUCUGCCCCCCCCUCCGAUUCUACUGGGCCCCAAAUUCUCACCAGUCCGUCUCCUUCAAAAUCCAUUCCAAUUCCACAGCCUUUCCGACCAGCAGAUGAAGAUCAUCGAAAUCAAUUUGGACAGCGAGACCGGUCCUCAUCAGCUCCAAAUGUGCAUAUAAAUACAAUAGAACCUGUCAAUAUUGAUGACUUGAUUAGAGACCAGGGGUUUCGUAGUGAUGGAGCCCCUUUGAACCAGCUGAUGCGUGGUCUUCGGAAAUACCAAUCCCGGACUCCCAGUCCCCUCCUACAUUCUGUCCCCAGUGAAAUAGUGUUUGAUUUUGAGCCUGGCCCAGUGUUCAGAGGAUCAACCACAGGCUUGUCUGCCACCCCCCCUGCCUCAUUGCCGGGCUCUCUCACUAAUGUAAAAGCAUUACAGAAAUCUCCAGGGCCUCAGCGGGAAAGGAAAUCUUCUUCAUCCUCAGAAGAUAGGAAUCGAAUGAAAACACUUGGUAGAAGGGAUUCAAGUGAUGAUUGGGAGAUUCCUGAUGGGCAGAUCACAGUGGGACAGAGAAUUGGAUCCGGGUCAUUUGGGACAGUCUACAAGGGAAAGUGGCAUGGUGAUGUGGCAGUGAAAAUGUUGAAUGUGACAGCACCCACACCUCAGCAGUUACAGGCCUUCAAAAAUGAAGUAGGAGUACUCAGGAAAACUCGGCAUGUGAACAUCCUGCUCUUCAUGGGCUAUUCAACAAAGCCCCAGCUGGCUAUUGUCACCCAGUGGUGUGAGGGCUCCAGCUUAUACCACCAUCUCCACAUCAUCGAGACCAAAUUCGAGAUGAUCAAGCUGAUAGAUAUUGCUCGGCAGACUGCGCAGGGCAUGGAUUACUUACACGCCAAGUCAAUCAUCCACAGAGACCUCAAGAGUAAUAAUAUUUUUCUUCAUGAAGACCUCACAGUAAAAAUAGGUGAUUUUGGUCUAGCCACAGUGAAAUCUCGAUGGAGUGGGUCCCAUCAGUUUGAACAGUUGUCUGGAUCCAUUUUGUGGAUGGCACCAGAAGUAAUUCGAAUGCAAGAUAAAAACCCAUAUAGCUUUCAGUCAGAUGUAUAUGCAUUUGGGAUUGUUCUAUAUGAAUUGAUGACUGGACAGUUACCUUAUUCAAACAUCAACAACAGGGACCAGAUAAUUUUUAUGGUGGGACGAGGAUAUCUUUCUCCAGAUCUCAGUAAGGUACGAAGUAACUGUCCGAAAGCCAUGAAGAGAUUGAUGGCAGAGUGCCUAAAAAAGAAAAGAGAUGAGAGGCCACUGUUUCCCCAAAUUCUUGCCUCUAUUGAGCUGCUGGCCCGCUCAUUGCCAAAAAUUCACCGCAGUGCAUCAGAACCCUCCUUGAAUCGGGCUGGCUUCCAGACAGAGGAUUUUAGUCUCUAUGCUUGUGCUUCUCCAAAAACACCCAUCCAGGCAGGGGGAUAUGGAGAAUUUGCAGCCUUCAAGUAGCCACACCAUCAUGGCAACAUCUACUCUUAUUUCUUAAGUCUUGUGUUCGUACAAUUUGUUAACAUCAAAACACAGUUCUUCUGUUCCUCAACUCUUUUUUUAAAGAUACAGAAUUUUCAAUGCAUAAGCUGGUGUGGAACAGAAUGGAAUUUCCCAUCCAACAAAAGAGGGAAGAAUGUUUUAGGAACCAGAAUUCUCUGCUGCCAGUGUUUCUUCUUCAACACAAAUACCACGUGCAUACAAGUCUGUCCACUCCCAGGAAGGAAGAGGAGAGAGCCUGAGUUCUGACCUUUUGGUGGUCAGGCAUGAUGGAAAGGAGCUGCUGCUACAGCUUGGGAGAUUGGCUGUGGAGAGCCUGCCGAUCGGCUCUGCCCUUCUAACCGCCAGAUCCGCGUGUGGCUGGUCACCUGACGGGGCAGUUUGCAAUCGCCAAGCAUCGUUCUCUUUCCUGUUCUGGGAUUUUGUCGCGGAGCUCUUUCCCCUAGCCACCACCGUUCAUUUCUGAGGGAUGGAACAAAAAUGCAGCAUGGCCUUUCUGUGUGGUGCAUGUCCAGUCUUUGACGCAUUUUUAUCAAGUGAAGCUGUUUUAUUUAAAUGGAGAACGAGAGGUGAGGACGAGAUCCGUGUUGGUGUAGAGGAAAAGGGGAUGCUGCAUCUUUUUCCUGACCUACUGGGUUUCUGGCCUUUGUUUCCUUGCUCACUGAGGGUGUCUGCCUAACCGCGCAGGCUGGGACGUGCUGGCACACAUUGCCUUCUUUUCUCACUGGGUCCAGCAAUGAAGACAAGUGUUGGGGAUUUUUUUUUUUCCUCCACAAUGUAGCACAUUCUCAGGAAAAUACAGUUGAUAUCUUCCUCCUAAGCUCUUCCAGUCAUCAAGUACUUAUGUGGCUACUUGGUCCAGGGCACAAAUGCCAUGGCAGUAUCUAUCUAAUUAAAAGCCUACAAAACUGCUUGAUAACGGUUUUGAAUGUGAGACAUUUAUGUAAUUUAAAUGUAAGGUACAAGUUUUAAUUUCUGAGUUUCUUCUAUUAUAUUUUUAUUAAAAAGAAAAUAAUUUUCAGAUUUAAUUGAAUCGGAAUAAAAUAAUACUUCCCGCCAGAAUUAUAUUCCUGGAAAAUUGUAUUUUUGUUAUAGAAACAACUUUUAAAGAAAGAUCGUUAUCCUUUUCUCUACCUAAAUAUGGGGAGUCUUAGCGUAAUGACAGAUAUUUAUAAUUUUUAAAUUAAUGGUACUUGCUGGAUCCACACUAACAUCUUUGCUAAUAUCUCAUGUUUUCCUCCAACUUAUGCCUACACUACAUCCUCCGUCCUCUUUCCAGUCUUUAUCUGGAAUAUGCAACCGAGAAUAAAAAUGGUGGUGUCUCCAUUCAUUCUCCUUCUUCCUUUUUUCCCAAGCCUGGUCUUCAAAAGGUCGGGUAAUUUGGCAGCUGAGUUCCCUUAGUAGAGAAUAGAGCAAUUUUAGGUGUAUUGGGACUGAGGGGAGGAUGCAUGAGGCCUAACAGCAGUUGUUUUUAUAGAAAGGGCUGCUGUAGUACCAAGAACCUCAUCCCUUGUCUUUGCAUAAGUGGAAAAUAUAAUCUACUCGUAGCUUCCUUUGGCCUUUACUAAACGGUGGUAUAAUUGCAGUAGUAACAAAGAAAGUAACUCUGGAUAUAUUUAUUAAUGACAAAUUAAUGACAAAUCCAGCCUAGAAUCUCUUGUCAGCAUUUAGGAAUGUAAAUCAAAUCCGACAUACUUAGCACAACCAAGCUAUGAAACCAAGGACCUUACGGAAAUUAGGACCUAUGAAAUAAAUCAGGGAAUUAGAAAUUGGUAUUUAAACAUUUCAAAUUGUAACUCACUCCACUAUCUAUCUUUCAGCCUGUUAAGCUCACUGCUUCUUGCUAAAAUACCUGUAUUCAGGGGAAGGCCUACUGAAAACUCCACAGACUGGUAGAAGGUUGUCCUAGUAAAAUGGGAAGUAUCCUGGAGUUAUUGAUGAGUUUGAAAAGCAAUGCGUUUAUCUUAAGUCCUACAUGAGCAGAGCAAUAUCUUACAGAAUUCAGAAAUGGCAAAGAUUCUUGUUGAUCUGAACAGCAUCUUGUGUGCCUAAUUUUGCUUCUCUUCUAAAAGCAUUGUUUAUUUUUCUUUUUAAAUAUGUCCCCAUCCAUGCUCUUAAGCUGGUUGGUGUGUUCCCUUUGCCAAGAUUGGAGAGAGCUGGGCUGGAGAAGUAGGCCUGUCCUGCUGAGCAGGUAGAGCCCACCGGAGGAGGCCUGGCCCAUGAGUCUCCGGUGGCGGGAGCCAGCACAGCACUAGUGAUGGAGGAAGCUUAGCAUUGGAAUCCUCAAAAUAAAAUUCAAGGUGAUACACGUUUUUCUUUCCAUCCUAUUUAGAAUAGGUUGCUGUCUCACUUGAAAAGAGGAAACAGACUUGAUCUCAGAUGAAGCUGUGCCCAGAAGCCAGGCUCAGGGUGUUCUUGGGAGAUUUUUAUAGCACCCUUAAAAAGUAAAAAUAAAAUUUUAAUAUUUCUGUUCCCUUUUUUCCAUCUCUAGUUUACAAAUGACAUGAUAAAGGGGUUUCCUCUUACUUUUUGAUGCUUAGACUACAGAUAGACUUGUUGAGCUCCUAAGAAGAUACAAGGAAGAACUCCUUGUUUUGUGCAAAGCACUUUAUGAAUAAUUUUGUACAGAUAGUGUGUGGCUGCUUCACUGACUGUCUUGUAAGGUUGUAGUUAACCUGUCUUUUCCGUAAAGUGGCUGCGGUGCCUUCUAUAGUGUAUUUUAUUUUGGGUGAGGAAAGGUGAAGCCUUCUGAAAAAUUUGAGAGCAGACAUAAAAGAUUGUUUCAAAAUAUGUAGUAUUCUUGAUGGACUUUUUUGUCAUCAAACUAGAGUGUAGAGUUUAGACUUUUGCCACUGAAAUAACAUUGACCAAAAAACUUAGAAAAGGGAUUUGUGAAUAGAAAAUCCAGUGUGACCAUUCGUAUUUAUAUGCACCUUAAAAGAAGAUUCUGUCCAGCUGUCAAAUUCUGGUUCCUGAACAUCCAGUCCCUGAUUGCACUUACGAUCUUGUAGGAUGUACUGGAGCGUCCUAGAAGAUAAAAUGCCAUGUAAAGCAUGUAUGUUACAUUUAUGUUGGUGUUGGAAGAGAAAGAGCAUAUUAUGUAGUUCUAAAGAGGUAAUCAAGGCUUCAACACUGUCAACCAGAAACUCUGUAAAUAUUUCCUAGAUUCUCCUUUGGUGCAGUCCUAGCUCUCUUAGCACACGAUGUUCUCUUUGAGUCACCAGGCAGUGCUGGGGCUGCUGGAUCCCCUCCCAGGCCCCCACUGCCCCUCCUGUGCACUCACUCCCCAGCCUUGUGUGGACCCCGUCUAGCUUUAGUUUGAAGCACAUUGCAGGGUUCAGGUGACCUCUUCAAAAAACUACCUCCUUAGAAUGAGGUAAUGAAUAGUUAUUUAUUUUAAAAUAUGAAAAGUCGGGAGCUCUAGAACAUGAAGAUGAUUUAAGAUUUUAACUUUUAUGUGUACUUGUAUUUGAGCACUCUCAUUUUGUCCUAAAGGGCAUUAUGCAUUUCAGCAGUAAUACUGAAAAAUGUAGCUCAGAGUUUCUGAUUAUUAUUGCAGGUGGUGCCAGAAUCUGUUUAGGGGUACGCUUCAGAAUCUUAACCUUAAGUCAGUUGCAUGAAAUUAGAUAGUUACGGUAACGGUUCACUAACAGUGAUACACUUAAUUUUCAGUAGGCUUGGCAAGACAGUACAUCUUCAUAAAGAGUUAGCCGCAGCUUCAUCACAUGCACAGAUCCUCCUGUAGAGAGACUGCCCAGCGAAGAGGGUGGAAUGAUGCCCCCUGAUCCUCUUCUUUGUCUGAGUUGGCAUCGUUAGCACUAGAAUAUCAGCACCUUGGGACUAGCAGAUUCCCACCAUUAAGGCUAUUUAAAAAACAAAAAACAAAACAAAACAAAAAAAAAAACAGUAACCAGACAUGGAAAGUUUACUGUGAGUAUGACAGCAGAUAGCUUAGGGGUCAUACACUGAAACGGUGUAGAUGAGGCUCUAGAAAAAUACCUUGACAAUUUGCCAAAUGAUCUUUACUGUGCCUUCACGAUGCAAUAAAAAAGCUAAAAUUUUAGCAGAAAUCAGUGAUAUGUGAAGAGAGCAGCCACUCUGGUCUAACUCAGCUGUGUUAAUAUUUUGUAGAGCGCAAUGUAGACCGCAAAGAUCAGUGCACUCACGGGUUUAUAGCCGAAAUCACAUUUAAAAAAUGAGAAAACACACAGGUAAAUUUUCGGUGAACAAAAUUAUUUUUUUAAAGCACGUAAUCCCUAGUAGAGUCAGAUAUAUUUAUCACAUAGAGCAAGUAGGUUGAAAAUUAUAGUUCAGUGACAUUUCUAGAGAAACUUUUUCUACUCCAAUAGGUUCUUCAAAGCAUGGAACUUUUAUAUAACAGAAACGUUUGACAGACAUUUUAAGGAGUUGCUGUCGUUUGGGGUUGGAAAUAAUAUAUGCUGGGCAGCAGUCCCUUCUCAAGAGUGAGAAGGAGGAUGCUAGUAACAUAGAGGACGGAAUUUGAUUUUAUCACUUUCCAGAGUACUGCCAACCUGAACAGGGAUUUUUCAGAGUUUAAAAUGUAAACUGGCCUCCCAGGACUUGUUUGCAAAUUAAGUGGGGCUGUCCUGGUCAUGCUGUUCGGGGUGCCACGGGGGGCCCCUCUAGGAGGGGGCAUUGGACCAGUUGGGGACGUGGCCGAUGGCUGUGAACUGGACACACUCCAUGGUGUGCAUUUUGUGUCUUGUUUUCAUUUCUUGCCACCCCCAGGAAAGGCACUGUACUGUCUCCAGCAGGUUCUCUAGAUGUUUUACUAGGUUGUAAAUGCCCAUAGGCUGUUGUCCUCUGGUACGUAUGUACUAUGAUGCCCAUGGGCUGUUGAGCCCCAAGGAGUGCAGUAGGAUCUCUGCCUGAUGUGUACAUUGACCAGAGGAGAGGGAGGCGGCCAGUGUAUUGCUAGCUCUGAUAAAAUUGAAAAUACUGGGAAGAUUUUGUUUAAUCAGCACACUAGAGAGUAAGCUUUGUUUUGUUGUUUUCAGAUAACUUAUUUUCACUUCUGUUUGGGUAAAGAUAUUGAAAUUGAAAUUGACUCCUAAUUUUUGCCAGUGGCGGAAAGGGUAAUUGAUGGUUUCUAUCAGGAUUUUUAAGGUAGAGGAGGACAGAAACGUUAAGUCCCACAAUCUUAAAGUAAGGCAGCAGUGCUUUAUUUUAACACGCAUCGGGAUUGUUCGUCCUCACCUCAAAAAAGUGAUUAGGUAGAUCUUUAAUUUCAGCAUCCACAACUUCAGCUGUUAAUUUUUUAAUCCUUUUUUAUUUAAUUUUUUUAUCCUUUGACCCCUUCUACCCAACUGUUCAUUUAGUUUUAUUAAUUACUAAAUUAGUUUUAUUAAAAUGUUUAAUUUUAUUAAAAUGUAUAAUUUUAUUUAACAGAAUUCUCUUCUAAUUGUAGUGCAUGGGGACACAGCCAGUGUAUCCGUUUGUGUGUGUGUGUGUGUGUGUGUGUGCGCGCGCGCGAUGGGUUUGUGUUUUAAGGAUUCUAUAGAUCAAAGUACUCUUGGAAAGCAGCCGAAAUGUUUGUUCGUGUUAGUCCCGAACACAGGACUUGGGCAAGCAUCUGCCGCUCUGGCAGGCUGGGCACAUGGUCCGCCACGAGCAGCCGGCUGUCAUCAGUCUGGGGAACUGGGCGGGAAAUUCACCGAAGAGACGCGGCAGAGGGCUUCUGCUUACAGGGGCCGAGAUGGGGUUAAAAGUUGCUUCAGUACCAGUUUUGUGUUGAAAAUGAUUCUGUGUUGCAUUUGUGUGUUAAGCCUUUUUUAACCCACUUGGAGUUUGGUGGAAGAAACUUGAGACUAGCAUAAGCAGCAAAGCUCACGGAGUAGGCACAGAUGUAGAGAACAUGGACCAAAAUGGGAGGUGGGAGGGUGUGGGAGUAAGUUGGGGGCUAGGGAAAAAUUGAUGUGAUGGUGGGAAAUAAACUAUAAUUACCUGACAUAAAACGUAAGAGUGCAAUAAGUGUGCUUUUUAUUCUAAGCUGUGAACAGUUUUUUAAAAGAAAUUAUUUCUUCCUACUAACAUUUGUGUAUGUUCCAUAGCUGAUUAAAACCGGCUAUGUAAACAUAUAAUGCCUUUUGAUUCAUGUUAAUUACCAACAUAAGUGGCUAACCUUUAUGUCUUAUUUAUCUUCAUGUUCUAAUAGUUUACAUACAGGAGUGCGUAUGCGUGUGUGUGCGUGUGCGUGUGUGUAUGUGUAUGUGUAUGUGCUGUAUUUCCCUCCAUUUGGAAAUGCAUUCAUUGGGUCCUCUGUUCUUCCUGUGGCCACGCCACAGGUUAUGUUCUUGAUUUGGCCUUCGUGAUAUUGCCUGAUUUGAAGGACUCUGUCACAGUGCUGUAUUUUUGUGGUGUUCUCAUUUGUUAGUUGUACACGCUGACCCUUUCCUCACUCAGCAGUAGCUUUCUUAGGAGCGUACAGCUGAUGAGGGGACUGAAUUUGACCAUUCCUCGACAUACGUCCCUUUGAAUUCUAGUUCAGUACUUAGGAUUGCUCUUUGGUUUAAACCAGGAAAAAGGAAAUCACCCCGUUGUCAUUCACUUCUUGGUUUGAGGACAAUUCUUCUAGAAAGGAGAGGAAAGGGAAAUCCUUCGUGUUUCAACUGCAGUGAAUUAAUGGCUCCUGGUUUACCACUCCAGACCUUACGGCGAUUCACACACACAUUCCUCUCUCUCUUGCUGCCAAAGGUUUGUUUGGCUUUAGUUCACUUCGGUUCCACUCAAGCAUUGAAAAGGUUCUCAUGGAGUCUGGGGUGUGCCCAGUGAAAAAAAAUGGGGACUUUUAAAUUGUCCACAGACCUCUUUAUACCUGCUUUGCAAAAAUUACAAUGGAGUAACUAUUUUUAAAGCUUAUUUUUCAAUUCAUAAAAAAGACAUUUAUUUUCAGUCAAAUGGAUAAUGUCUCCCUCUUGUCCCUCAAUCCUCAGUGUUUGCUUGAAUUUUUUUUUUUUUUUUUUUUUUUUAAUCUUCCCCAUACCCACUCCUUGAUACUUUGGUUCUUUCCUGCUCAGGUCCCUUCAUUUGUACUUUGGAGUUUUUCUCAUGUAAAUUUGUACAAUGGAAAAUAUUGUUCAGUUUGGAUAGAAAGCAUGGAGAAUUAAAAAAAAAAUAGCUGAAAUUCAGAUUGAAGAGAUUUAUUUCUGUGUAAAGUUAUUUAAAAACUCUGUAUUAUAUAAAAGGCAAAAAGUUCUAUGUACUUGAUGUGAAUAUGCGAAUACUGCUAUAAUAAAGAUUGACUGCAUGGAGAA